GCGAGAUUCACGACUUCUUGUUUCUGCUCAACCAUUUUCUCUUAUAGUUGAAGGUGUUAUUGGCCCUAGCUAUUAUAGUGACUUAGCUGUGGAUGACAUUGUGUUGUCAGCAGGCUGUAGAUUUUCACAAAAUACUCUUCCUACAGCUGGUUACACUGUAACUGACACAACCCCCAAAGUUUGUGCAACGAGCCAGUACCAGUGUGCAAAUGGCGACUGCAUAGACCAGUCUCGCUACUGUGACUUCUCCAAGGAUUGUUCAGAUGGCUCUGAUGAGUUGACAUGUGGCGCCUGCAAUUUUGAGGCAGGACUGUGUGGCUACAAAGAUUUAAGUGUUGGACGCUACAACUGGACACUGAGCUACCCAGCUUUGAUGGGGUGGUGGCCCAGCUUCAGAUCACACUCUGGGAAAUAGACAGGGUCACUAUGCUUAUGUGGAGGGUGACAGAGGAGUGUUUCAACAAGUGGCCAGACUUCAAAGCCCUCCAUUGCCAGCACUGUCUACUCAAUGCACUGUUUCUUUCUUCUUUUACAUAUCAGAUCAUCAGUUAGGUCUCUUUCAGUUUGGGUUCAAUAUCAAUGAUUCAUACAGAAAUGUAUUCACUAUUGCUGGACGCUAUGGGUCAGGCUGGGAACCAAUGAAUAUAUACAUAGGUAGUUUAGGUGGUCUACCAGCAGGCUCUCAUCUUGAGUUCCGUGUGACGCCUGGCCAAGGAGCUCUUGUCAACAACUCUGCUGACGUGGCAAUAGAUGAUAUUACCUUUACUUACUGCACUCCAAGACAGCUACCUCCCGCUGUCAGCUGCACUUUUGAGACAGGAUUCUGCACCUGGAACCAGAGCACCAGUGACCAGAUGGACUGGUUAAGGCACCAGGGCUCAACACCAACAGCGCACACUGGCCCAUCUGAUGAUCAAACAACAGGUGUAGGUUACUAUGUAUACAUUGAAACAUCACCACCAACAAGACCAGGUGAUUCAGCUGUCCUGCAGACUCCAUGGCUGCUGCCUACAGAUUCUGCAGGUUACUGUCUGACUUUCUGGUAUUACAUGUUUGGAUCGACCAUGGGUAAUCUCACACUUAACUUAAUGACACCACAGGGCAUUCAGACAUUCUGGUCUAAACAUGGACCUCAGGGUGAUCAGUGGAGACAAGCCCAGCGAACUGUUGUUUCCACUACAGAAUACUCCCUCUUCUUCCAGGCUUUUUCAGGAGGUUACCUUGGAGACAUUGCAAUAGAUGACAUCUUAGCAUUGAGGGGACCUUGUCCUCCUACAGCAUCUUGUGACUUUGAAGAGGACACAUGUUCGUGGACAAAGAGCAGCAUGGGUAAUAUCAACUGGACCCUGGGCACCAAUGGUUCUACAGCCAUGGGAACAGGACCAAGACUAGAUCACACAUUUGGUUCAGACUCAGGCCACUUUUUGUUUCUACAUGGAAGCAAAUCAGGUGACCAGGCAUUCCUUGCCAGCACAUUACUUAAUAGUGUUUCAUCAUUUUGCCUACAGUUCUCGUAUUACAUGCAUGGACAACAUACAGGAUCACUGAAUAUAUCUGUCACUAUAAAUGGAACUUCUCCGCCUCAGUCUAUGUGGAGCCUGCAGGGAGACCAAGGAGACCAGUGGAAGCAUGCUGCAGUCAGUCUCCCCUAUCUGAGCAAUCAACAGUUCAGGAUUCUAUUGCAAGGCAUCAGUACUGGUGGUCAACAAGAAAACAUUGCUGUUGAUGACAUCAGCUUCAACACUGGAGAUUGUCCAUUAGGUAGCUGCAAUUUUGAAGCUGAUAUGUGUUCUUACUCUAAUGUACUUACUGGUGAUGACUUUGACUGGCAGAGAGGCCGUGGGGAAUCAUCAAGUCGCACAUUGGGUCCAUCUACUGACCACACACGCCACACAUCAUCUGGGCACUACAUGUACCUGGAAACUUCUGGUGCCAACCUCACAGCAGGGCAGAAGGCGUGGCUAGUGAGUGAGACUCUACCAUCUCCUAGAAAUCCAACAGGAGGAUGUCUUUUCUUCUAUUACCACAUGUAUGGGGUGGGAAUAGGCACCCUGAAUGUCUACACAUGGUCUGCAUCCACUCAUAACUUGACUCUCAUCUGGUCUGUAAGCGGCAACCAGGGCAAUGUGUGGAAGUAUGGCUUAGCUCCUAUACUGACUAACAACUCAUAUGAGAUCACCUUUGAAGGUGUUUAUGGAGGCAACACUACAGGAGAUAUUGCCAUUGAUGACAUAUCAGUAUCAUCUUAUCAAUGUUUUGGCAUGACCAAGCCUACAACUCCAUCAAGUGUUUUAAUAUCACCAGUGACAUACCCACCUACCUCCAUAGACUGUGACUUUGAGUCAGACAUCUGUAACUGGCAGCAAGAUACUAGUGACCAGUUCAACUGGGAGGUUCAAGCUGGCAGAACACUGACUGGGACAGGUCCCACUGCUGACCACACUUACAGUACUCUUCGAGGGCACUUUGCCUACAUGAACUCAUCACAUGACUCAGCAAACAGCUCUGCUCGUCUGCUCAGUCCAGCACUGACCAUUGGACCCCAGGGUGUCUGCUUUAAGUUCUGGUACUACAUGUAUGGAAGCUCUAUUAACAGGUUAACUCUUCUUGCUCAGCGCAAUGGAAAAAGUCAAGCAUUAUGGACACGGUCAGGGACCCAAGGACCACAAUGGAGGUACGGUCAGGUACAUAUACGCACUAAUGGAUCUACAGUCUUCAUCCUGGAGGGUCUGCCAGGACUUGGUGCACAUGGGGAUAUUGCACUUGAUGACAUUUCUGUGAAUGUUGACCGCUGCCCUGAUGAAGUGAUCUGUGACUUUGAGAAUGAUAAGUGUGGAUACACUCAGGCAUAUGAUGACAACUUUGACUGGGACUUGAAUCUUGCUUCAGCUUUUGACACGAUUUCUGGCCCCUCUGCAGACCACACUUUUGGUACAUCUCUAGGACAUUACAUGUACACCAUCUCCACACUACCACCUGGCAGUUUUGCACGAAUGGACAGUCCCUUGCUGGGGGCCAACCUCAGGCUCCUGUUUGCAGUUUUGGUACAACAUGCAUGGGUACAAUAUUCAGGGAGCAAUAGUAGGGACAGUUAAUGUGUACACUCGUAGUGAUGGUGCUCUUAGUAACACCAUUUUCACGCGGACAGGAGAGCAGGGUGCUGAGUGGGAAAUUGCCCAAGCCACUCUCCGCAGUACUGUCCCAUUCAAAGUGACAUUUGAAGGUGUAGUUGGAAAUGGAUUCUUCAAAUCUAUCUGUAUAGAUGACAUCACUGUUCAGCCUGGUGCUUGUCCUGGUGAAGGUAACUGUGACUUUGAGGAGAACCUUUGUACAUGGAAGAACACUGCUGUGGGAGAUAACUUCGACUGGCUGCAAGGGCAGAACCAACCACUGGCAGGUUUUUCAGGCACUGUUGUUGACCACACCCUGAACACAGUCUAUGGUGUUUAUAUGUACACUGACUCAUCUCCACCUCGUCAGACUGGUGACAAAGCAUGGCUUAUUUCACCAUCAUUUGACAACUCUACAGCUCGCUGUCUGUCACUGUGGUACAUGAUGGCUACAAGAGGUACUAUCAACAUCAAAGUCAUUGCUUUGACCAAUGGUACUGUCAUAAAUGUUGUGGGUAUAAAGCAGGAGAGUACCAACUGGCAGUUGUCAAGAGUGACCAUAGCUAACAUAAAGUCAUCUUACCGCAUUGUAAUCGAACACAUUGUUCAGACUCCAGGUCUGAGUGAUGUUGCUAUUGAUGACAUCUCAUUACAGACAGGAAAUUGCAGUGUAUUGCCCACAAUGUCUCCACAGCAGUGUGCCUUUACAUGUCCUGGAUCGACCACAUGCAUUGCUCGCAACAAAGUCUGUGAUUUUGUUUCUGACUGUCCCCAUGGAGAGGAGGAAACAGCUUGCGGCUACAACUGCAACUUUGACAAUCAGACUUGCCACUGGGUCAGCAACAGUGAAGGAACCUAUGUCUGGACAAAAUAUCGUGGUGCUACUCCUGAUUCCAA